AUGGUUGAAGUCAUCACCAAAUACGGACCGAAUGGCGACCCGCAGCAGACCGGCGGUGAGGGUCUUUUGACCACCGACCAGGGUGUGACCAUUGCGGACAACCAGAACAGCCUCAGCAGUGGCUCGCGCGGACCCACGCUGCUCGAGGACUUCAUUCUGCGUGAAAAGAUCUUCCACUUCGACCAUGAGCGCAUCCCUGAGCGCAUUGUGCACGCACGUGGUUCGGCAGCCCACGGCUACUUCGAGGCUACUGCCGACAUUAGGCACUUGAGCAAGGCCGACGUGUUCAAGAAAGGAACCAAGACGCCUGUCUUUACCCGCCUGUCCACUGUAGCCGGCGGUGCUGGCUCGGUGGAUACGCCACGCGACGUCCGUGGCUUUGCUACCAAGUUCUACACCAAUGAGGGUAUUUGGGACUUGGUUUGCAAUGACAUUCCUGUUUUCUUCGUGCAGGAUGCCAUAAAAUUCCCUGACCUGGUUCACGCCGUCAAGAUGGAGGCCAACACGGGCUUCCCCCAGGCGGGCUCGGCCCACGACACGUUCUGGGACUGGGCCUCGCUCAUGCCCGAGUCGACACACAUGCAGUUCUGGGCCAUGUCCGACCGUGGAAUUCCGCGCUCUCUCCGCAUGGUGGAAGGCUUCGGUAUUCACACUUUCCAACUCGUCAAUGACAAGGGCGAGUCGCAUUUCGUCAAGUUCCACUGGAAGCCGAAGCUCGGUGUGCAGUCCACGCUCUGGGACGAGGCUGUAAAGCUCCAGGGUGCCGACAACGACUUCCACCGCAAGGACCUGUAUAUGUCCAUUGCCUCGGGUCAAUACCCUGAAUGGAAUCUGGGUAUCCAGGUUUUCGACGCUGAAUUCGCCAAUGCGCAGCCGUACGAUGUGCUGGACGCCACGAAGCUGAUCCCAGAGGAGGACGUUCCCGUGCAGAUUAUUGGUCGCAUGGUGCUGGACCGUAACCCGGACAACCUCUUCGCAGAGACGGAGCAGGUGGCUUUCUGCCCCUCCCACAUCGUGCCUGGUAUCGACUUCUCUGACGACCCCCUUCUGCAGGGCCGUCUGUUCUCCUACCUUGACACGCAAAAGUCGCGUCUGGGUACCGCCAACUUCCACCAGCUUCCCAUCAACCAGCCCAAGUCGCCGGUGAACAACUUCCAGCGCGACGGCAUGAUGCAGAUGAACGUGCCCAAGGGCCGUGCCAACUACGAGCCCAACAGCUUGAACGAGGUGAACGAGCCGACAGGACCCCGUGUUUGCCCAUUCGCUGGAUUCCGUACCACGAGUGUUCCUACGGGCCCUAGGGAGACUGGUCCAAAGCUUCGCAGCCGCGACGAGCGCUUCGCGGAUCACCACAGCCAGGCCCGCAUGUACUGGAAAUCUCUCACGAAGGCCGAGCAGACGCACUGUGUGGGCGGUUUCGUGUUCGAGCUUUCCCAGGUCAGCCUCCCGCACGUCCCGCCGCGCAUUGUUGCAAACCUGCGCAACGUGGACGAGGAAAUGGCGGCCCGUGUUGCUACGGGACUGGGCAUUGACCUCCCGGAGAAGGCCCCGGUUGCUAAGCAACCAAUUGAUAUGAAGCCGAGCCCGGCGGUGUCGAUUCACCGCAACACUAAGCCUACCAUCGAGGGACGCCGCAUCGGUAUCUUGGUGACGGAUGACAGCGAUGGUAGCGAGAUCGAGAGCGUCGUGAAGGCCGUCGAAGCAAAGGGCGGACAGGCCACGCUGGUAGCCCCUCGCGCUCAUUCGAUUGUGCUCAAGGGUGGAAAGAAGAUUUCCGCAGGUGGCCUGCUGUCGGGAACGCCGUCUGUUGUGUUUGACGCAGUGGCUGUCAUUGUCUCUGAAACGGGAGCGCAGCAGCUCCUUUCGGAGAUCGCGGCGGUGCAGUGGGUAAUGGAUGCAUUUGGCCACCUUAAGGCCAUUGGUUCAUCCAAGGCAGCGCAGCCGCUGCUGGAGAAGGCGAGCAUCAACCCCGAUGAAGGUGUGACUGACCUUGGCGAUGACUUCAUCACUGCUGCCGGCAAGCGCUUCUGGGACCGUGAGCCGUCCGUGCGCGCUCUUCCUUAA